AUGGUCUUCCCGUUCCAGCUUGCCCAUGUUUUCUCCGUUGCGUUCGAAGAGGAGCUGUCAACUGAGUGGAACAGUGCGAGCCUUGUCUCCUUUUUUGCAGCAGCAGCUGUCCAAAAUUUGAGAGCGGCUUUGACAGGUAUGCUACUGAAGACUCCAGAGCUCAUCGAAAAUGAGCAAGGCCUUCACACUGUCACCUCUUCCCAGGCUUCAGCCAUGCUGGGCCUUCUAAAACUGGACUUCCUCGACAGAACCCAGCGCUUCAUUGAUGUGGAGGGCGGCAUGCUGGUCGAGUACGUCAAGACAGUUGAAGAAGGUCGCAGGGGCCAGCAGAUUUGGGGAGAGAUGUCGUCCCCUUUAGUCACUGUUUGUUUCUUGCGGGGUUAA